CAAGUUCACCUCCAUUUUGAUUCUUGAAAAAUCAAGCCAGACCGUGACCGCUCUGCACAAUGUCUGUCCAGAAUGCUCCCGUUCCUCUUCCUCUUGUUGGAGGCAAGAACUCGUCCCUUCAACAUCCUCUCGGUCCAUUGACGGCCGCUGAGAUCUCGGAAAGUGCACGGCUCAUCAAGGGAUUAUGGCCUUCGAACACGGACAUUCAGUUCAAGAGCAUCACUCUCCGCGAGCCAAACAAAGCGGACCUUACCCCAUUCUUGGCAGCUGAACAUGCCGGUCAGCCAACUCCUAAUAUUGAGCGGAGGAGUUUCGUGGUUUACUAUAUCCGAAAUACUGAUAAGCUUCAUGAAGCUAUUGUCAGUUUGAGCCUCGGCAAGGUGGAGAGCAACCUUCGACUGGGACCAAACAUUCACAGCAACACCGAUGGUGAAGAGAUCAUCAGAGUCGAACAGAUUGCCUUGGAGGAUGAAGGGGUGAAGGCCGAGAUCGCAAAACUUCAACUUCCAGAGGGUACUGUGAUCAUCAGCGACCCUUGGAUCUACGGCUCUGAUGGAGUCAAUGAGGGUCUUUUCACGGAUGAAAAGCGGAUGUUCCAAUGCUUCCUCUACAUCCGUGAUCCAAACAACUCCAGCGAAGCGGACAGCAACCACUACGCGAUGCCGCUCAGCAUUUCACCAGUCAUCAGUGCUGAGACUAUGAAAGUUACUCGGAUUGAUAUCCUCCCCACUGGCGCUGACCAUACUAUCAAGGAACCGUCUCCUUACAAGGUCCAACCGCCCAACGAGUACAUCCCAGAGGCUCAGACUCUUCGGACUGAUCUGAAGCCUUUGAAUGUUGUCCAACCAGAAGGUGCUUCAUUCCAGAUUAGCAAUUUCAGUGAACUUGGGCGCACGGUCACUUGGCAAAAAUGGAGUUUCAAGGUUGGCUUCAACAUCCGAGAGGGAAUGGUCUUGUACGACGUUCACUAUGCCGGCCGUCCCCUCUUCUACCGACUCUCACUGUCAGAUAUGAGCAUUCCCUACGCUGACCCCCGUCACCCAUUCCACAAAAAGGCCGCUUUCGAUCUUGGUGAUGCAGGAGCUGGUAUAAUGGCCAACAACUUGCAGCUGGGGUGUGACUGUCUCGGAUCUAUCCAUUACUUGUCGGCUGUUCUCAAUGAUGACAAGGGAGAGCCGCUUGAUAUGCCAAAUGUUAUCUGCAUCCACGAACAAGACAACGGCAUCGGGUGGAAACACACUAACUACCGAACUGGCCGUGCUGCGGUAGUCAGAAACAGAGAACUGGUGCUGCAGUCCAUCAUCACAGUCUCGAACUACGAAUACAUUCUUGCCUUCCAAUUCAAUCAAGCUGGAGAAGUCAUGUACGAGGUCCGGGCAACUGGAAUCCUCUCAACCCAGCCUAUCGACGAGGGUAUUUCCGUCCCAUGGGGCACAGUCGUACACCCAGGCGUUCUUGCCUCUCACCACCAGCACAUUUUCUCUCUUCGCGUUGACCCCAUGAUCGACGGACCCGCCAACCGUGUUGUCUUCGAUGAGGCACAUCCCAUGCCACGCUCUGAUUUCAAUCCCCACGGCGUCGGUUAUUCUGUUUCCCAGACACCGAUCACAACGUCUGGAGGCUACGAUCUGGAUUUUGAUGCGAACCGCACUUUCAAGAUCCAAAAUGCCGCGGUGAGGAACCCCGUCAACGGGCAACCAGUUGCCUACAAGAUUCACGCUCCUCCUUUCCAAAAGAUACUGGCGGAUAAGGAUAGCUUCCACUUCAAGCGGGCUGAAUUCGCCGACCACAACAUCUACGUUACCUCGUACAAGGACGACGAGCUAUAUGCGGGAGGGAAGUACACCAACCAAUCUCGUGGUGGAACUGGUGUCCGUAGCUGGGCCGAUCGCAAGGAUAACGUGCUGGAUGAUGACAUUGUUGUCUGGGUCCAAUUUGGUAUCAAUCAUGUCCCUAGGGUUGAGGAUUUCCCCGUCAUGCCUUGCGAGAUCAUUAAGGUCUCGUUCAAGCCGGUGAACUUUUUCGAGAAAAACCCCGCAUUGGACGUCCCGCCCAGUGUGCAGAGCUUCAAUAAGAGUGUGCUUACCAGUGCCAAUGGCGAAGCUGCUGUGGGGGGUGCGGGUGGGGCGUGCUGCGUGAAGGAGAACAGCAAGUUGUGAGAAAAAGAGGGGAGGUAAUAUCGCGGUUAGGUUUCGGAGGAGUUCGGAUAGGUAUGUAUACCAGGAGAAUGGCUAGCUAGUGUAGCUCAAAGG